CCUCGCCAAAACCCUGCACCGUGUGAUCUCUAGCUCCUUCUGCCUACCUUCACCCCCCCCUUCUUCCCGCUUACCUUGGCUAAAGUCGCUUUGCAUGUUGAUUGGGGGAGGGCUAAUCCAGUUUGCAGCUGUCGUAGACCAAUGAUGAAUCACCUUUCCGUCAUUUGGCAGCACUCCCCUCUCUGCUCGGGGGAGGACCUGUAGGAGGAAACAACGGGCUGCUGCUUCUCGCUCGGGGAGACAAUGUCCGCCUCUGUUGGCUUGGCCCCGUCUUCCCAUUCAACAAUAACGUUUUCUCAGAGACCAGGCUUUUUGUGUCAUGGAUGGCUCUGGACUGUGACACAGAGUUGCAGGAACAAGGAGUGACAUUGUUUCUCUGGGGGGCCGGUGGAGGCGGGGACAGGAACAGGGCUUGGGGUGCAGGUCUAUGGAAAUGCAGGAUCUAGCCAGUCCUCACAGCCGAGUAAGUGGAAGCAGUGAAUCUCCAACCGGUGCCAGCCUUGACAACUCCCACAUCAAUAACAAUUCCAUGACACCCAAUGGCACUGAAGGUGACAGCAUCACAAUGCUUACCACAGCAGACUGGUUGUUAGGUUCUAACUCGCAGUCCGCCGCAGUUAAAAGCGAGCCAAUGAGCAGCAGCGAAAUAGCCGCCUCAGUAGCAGACACCUCUCUGGACAGCUUCUCCGGAUCAGCUAUUGGAAGCAGUGGCUUCAGCCCAAGACAAACGCACCAGUUCUCUCCGCAGAUUUACCCCUCCAACAGGACAUAUCCGCAUAUUCUUCCAACUCCUUCCUCCCAAAAUAUGGCCGCGUACGGACAGACGCAGUACACCACAGGAAUGCAGCAGGCCGCGGCGUAUGCUAGCUACCCCCAGCCUGGCCAGCCCUACGGCAUCUCGGCUUACGGUCCAUUGUGGGCAGGCAUCAAGACGGAAGGUGGCCUGAGCCAGUCGCAGUCGCCGGGGCAGACCGGCUUCCUCAGCUACAGCUCCGGGUUCAGCACGCCACAGACGGGGCAGGCACCUUACAGCUACCAAAUGCAAGGUGGGACUUUCACAACGACGUCAGGGUUGUACGGCGGGAACAACUCCCUGACAAACUCCACGGGCUUCAACAGCACGCAACAGGAGUACCCCAGCUACCCAGCCUUUGGCCAGGGUCAGUACGCGCAGUAUUACAACAGCUCGCCCUACACUUCGCCCUACAUGACGAGUAACAACACCAGUCCCAGCACGCCCUCCACCACCACCACCUACACCCUCCAGGAGCCUCCUGCCGGCGUCACCAGCCAGGCUCUCACAGAGAACCCUGCAGGAGAGUACAGUACCAUCCACAGUCCAUCAACCCCCAUUAAAGAUUCAGAUUCGGAUCGAUUGCGCCGGGCCUCGGAUGGAAAGUCACGUGGCCGGGGGAGAAGGAACAACAACCCAUCACCGCCGCCCGACUCCGACCUUGAGCGAGUAUUCAUCUGGGACCUGGAUGAAACAAUCAUCGUUUUCCAUUCCUUGCUCACGGGCUCUUACGCCAACAGAUAUGGACGGGACCCACCAUCAUCAGUAUCAUUAGGACUACGGAUGGAAGAGAUGAUCUUCAACUUGGCCGACACGCAUUUAUUCUUUAACGACUUAGAGGAAUGUGACCAGGUACAUAUCGACGACGUCUCCUCUGAUGACAACGGCCAGGAUCUCAGUACGUACAACUUCGGCGCAGACGGCUUCCACGCAGCGGCGACCAGCGCCAACCUAUGCCUGGCCACAGGUGUGAGGGGCGGAGUGGACUGGAUGAGAAAGCUGGCGUUCCGCUACAGACGGGUGAAAGAAAUCUACACCACCUACAAAAAUAACGUCGGAGGUCUCCUGGGCCCGGCCAAGAGGGAAGCCUGGUUGCAAUUGCGAGCAGAAAUUGAAGCCUUGACGGACUCCUGGUUAACACUGGCACUGAAAGCACUAACAUUAAUCCACUCAAGGUCGAAUUGCGUGAAUAUCCUGGUGACCACCACGCAGCUCAUCCCCGCCCUGGCCAAGGUCCUGCUCUACGGCCUGGGCAUCGUCUUUCCUAUCGAAAAUAUUUAUAGCGCAACCAAAAUAGGUAAAGAGAGCUGCUUCGAGAGAGUCGUUCAACGAUUCGGGAGGAAAGUUGUUUACAUCGUGGUCGGAGACGGCGUGGAGGAGGAGCAAGGCUCAAAAAAGCACAACAUGCCCUUUUGGAGGAUCUCCAGCCAUUCGGACCUCAUGGCCCUCCACCACGCUCUGGACCUGGAGUACUUGUAGCCAACAUCGUAUUGAAAAAAAAAAACGAAAAACCUGCUCCAGUUUAUUUCCAGAAUCCGUCCCACCACGCUUGCUCGCAAACCUCCACCCCCUGAUGGUUCCGAAAAAAAAGGCCCACUGGCGUCUUGUCUUCCCAGGAAGAGGAACAACCAACGUGCUGACACCCGGUCACACUUUGUCUUAACGCUUUUUUUGUUGUUGUCGACGACGAGAGGUGAAUUUUCCAGCCAUGCUACCUGUGAAUGGACACCUGUGAGGAGAGCUGGACUACUGACGGCAACUACUGGUGAUUCCUCCAUGGCUUCUUAUUUAUGGACUUUGUGAGAAGGAGCCUCCACGGCGGCAAGACAUUUCCAGCUGGAGGAAUAAUGGGGGGCUUUUUUUUUUAAUAAUUUAAGACUUUAUUUACAAAGCUGAGACAAUCGUGUACAGAGGAUUUUUUUUUGUGCGUGUGUAAAAGUUUGUAAUCACUGGACUAUUCCUUCCUUCCUUAUAUCCAUGUGCUCUUCUUCAAAGGUGGCUUUUUUAAUGGAACAAAAAAAAAAAGCUUGCAAAGUGUUGAUGUGUUCCAGGAUUGUUCAGUGAAAAAAAAAAAUGUAGAUAAUGAGACUUUUUCGUGUUUUGUCAAGACCAAAAUUGGUGUGCUUGCUCACGCAUAAGCACAAGCACGGACGCUCCUCCCACCUCAUAGCUCAUAGUACGAUCAGCUAAGAGUGAUGUCAAAGUCAUGGUUCGUGGUAUGCUUGCUCGAGCACGAGCACAUGCCGUCAACCCCGGUACGAUAGGACUGGACUGGACUGGUGCAAAGACUACAAUUCGAGCGCUGAACUUGAAGAAGUGGUCUUUGUACGCUUGCUCCAGCACAUGCUCGAGCACGGCACCAUAAAACAGGCCCAGGCUGCGCUCAGGUGCGAUUUCUCCGCUAGUGCGGUUAUCGCUGGAGCACUGGUGCAGCACCGAUCAAGCAGUGCUCAUGUGCGAGCGCAUGCAGGGGCCGUGUUGAAGCACGGUAUGGUAGAACUGGCCCUUAAACUGUCUUCACACGUGAACGGUUUGGUUAAAACUGGUGCAAUUUCUGUGCUAGUGCUGUUCGUUUGGUCAAGUGUGCUCGAAUACACCCUGAUAGAGCCAGUCCCAGCACACUUGCUCAAGGACAAGCACGUGCAAGGGCUGUGCUGAAGUACGGUAUGACCUCGUGUGCCCCUAAGGUUCGGCUAAAACCGGUGCGAUUUUUCUGCUAGUGCCGUUUAUUUGGUCCAGUGUCAUUCAAGCACUUGAAGGCUUGCUGAAGCAGGAGCACAGCACAUGCAGGCCCUUAAACUGUGUCCACGCUUCGUUUAAAAACUGGUGCAAUGUCCCUGCUAGUGUAAAGUCUAUUGAAUAAGUGGUCUCAGUACGCUUGCUCAAGCAUGGUGCGAUAAAACUGGCCUGGUGUGCUCUUGAACUGCAUCCUCGCAGGGAUUUGACGGGAAAAACCAGCACAUAAAAAGUGAAAGAAACGAACAUUUAACACGGUAAUCUGGUUCGGAUGAGACAAGCGUAACAACACCUUAAAUUGUCAAAUUGGACGAAAAUAUUUUUUUUUUAUACAAGCACUCUUUUUUUGUAUGAUGUAGCGUAAUAAUAAAUACAUUCUGCCCCCCCCCACCUUCCUCCUCUGUGGCCAGCGAAGGACCGCAGGGAGAAAAGCCGCUACGGUGAACAUACAUGUGCUACCCACUGUGAAUUUCUUAAAACAGUUUUUUCUCUUCUUUUUGCACAUGUUUACGUGUUACCCUCCCUCCAUCUGUGCGAUCUGAAACAACCACAUGUUGCUGCUAGAUCAAAAUAAUAGGGUAUCAGAGCGACGUUUUAUAGCGAAACACCACUUUCUUUUCUUUUUUUUUGUUUGAAAUGUUGCAAACUGGAAAAGCGUCACGCGACACGGGCCUCAUUGUGAAACGGAUUGUUGUGUCUGCAAUAUAUGUGUACAGAUGUUUUGGUUUUUUUUGUUGUUUUUUUUUUUUUGGACAUUAUUAUUUGUGUUUAAAUUAAUAAAAACAGAUUUGU